GUCUUUUCAAUUCAUUUAUCUGCAGGAAUGAUUGCGACUAUCAGUCUGAAGCUCACCGCCUGACUGAGGAGGUGAAAGUUGCGCCACAGGAAGAUAAACCGCAAAAAGACAAUAUUGCACAUGAUUUGCGUGCGCAUCGGAUGAGCAGGAGAGGGAAAUUCCUCUCCACUAAAAGUAAAUAGGAAUAGGGGAUCGGAGUUCGCCUCGCACAGACACAAGUCAGAGAAAUAGCAAGCAGAGACAGUUGCUAGAGAUUCUUCCUCUCUCAGUCUCCUCCGCUGCAGACUGAAGAUGCUCUUGGACGCAGGACCACAGUAUCCCACCAUUGGAGUGACUACAUUCGGCUCCACCAGACAUCACUCAACAGGCGAAGUUACAGACAGAGAAGUGGCUUUGGGUAUCAAUCCGUUCGCCGACGGUAUGGGCGCUUUCAAAAUCAACCACAGCUCCCACGACCUCGGCUCUGGUCAAACGGCGUUUUCCUCGCAAGCGCCCGGCUACGCGGCCGCCGCUGCCCUGGGACACCAUCAUCACCCCACUCAUGUCAGCUCGUACUCCACCGCCGCCUUCAACUCCACUCGGGACUUUCUCUUUCGCAAUCGGGGCUUCGGAGACGCCACGAGCGCGCAGCACAGUCUGUUCGCCUCCGCCGCUGGAAGUUUCGCCGGACCACAUGGACACUCUGACGCCGCUGGGCACCUGCUCUUCCAGGGACUGCACGAGCAAGCGGCCACACACGCGUCCUCCAACGUGGUGAACAGUCAGAUGCGCCUGGGCUUCUCCGGGGACAUGUACGGCAGGGCCGAGCAAUACGGUCACGUCGCGAGCCCCAGGUCCGAGCACUACGCCUCGACGCAGUUGCACGGCUAUGGCCCCAUGAACAUGAAUAUGGCUGCCCAUCACGGGGCAGGGGCCUUCUUUCGCUACAUGAGACAGCCCAUAAAGCAAGAGCUCAUCUGCAAAUGGAUCGAACCAGAGCAGCUGACGAAUCCGAAAAAGUCCUGCAACAAAACUUUCAGCACCAUGCACGAGCUCGUGACCCACCUGACGGUGGAGCACGUUGGGGGACCAGAGCAGUCGAAUCACAUUUGCUUUUGGGAAGAAUGUCCCCGGGAAGGGAAACCGUUUAAAGCAAAGUAUAAACUUGUGAAUCAUAUCAGAGUGCACACCGGAGAGAAACCGUUUCCGUGUCCUUUCCCCGGCUGUGGAAAAGUAUUUGCCCGAUCGGAAAAUCUGAAAAUCCAUAAAAGAACACACACCGGUAAAACAUCGCCGUCGUCUGAAGAUGGCCGUCGAGCGGAAUUCGGCGCAUUUGUGGAGUGGACACUGGCGAGACACAGAUCCCCGGUCACCGUCUGUCCCGAGGGGGAUCUUGCCGGUGACACUCCAGACCCAGAGCCCAGCCCACCAUCUCGCCGCUGUGCUGAGCUAAAGCCAGAGCCCACCGAUGGCGGAGAGCCCAUUCCCGCCGCGAUCUACCAGCCAGUGCAAUGCCGAGCGACUGAGCGGAGGAUCGCCCCGGAAGGAGAGCCCAAGCCGUCAGACCAGCGACUGCUAUUCCCAUUUCACUUUGUCAAUAAAUUCUCUGACACUUCAGAGUCCUCUGUUGGUGUGCCCCCAUUUGCAGAGUGCACGUUUCCAAAAGAUCAGGCCAUUGGCAGCCCUACCUAUCACAUACUGGGAGGCUGA